AGCUUCGCUACAAUGAUCUUCCAACGCAGCAGUGCAGGCUACACAUUGCAAGUAUGGCCGGGGACAGUGAAACACAUCUGAGGGACCGUGACGAGAAAACCAACAUUAUUCGACAACCUUUUCUCAUCGGUGUCUCUGGAGGCACAGCCAGCGGAAAGUCAUCAGUAUGUGAAAAAAUCAUGGAGCUGCUGGGCCAGAACAAGAUCGACCACCAUCAGAGGCAGGUGGCGAUCCUCAGCCAGGACAGCUUCUACAGAGAGUUAACCCCAGAGCAGAAGGCAAAGGCAGUGAAGGGCCAGUUCAACUUUGAUCAUCCAGAUGCCUUUGACAAUGAGCUGAUCAUGCAAACACUCCGACAGAUCCUGCAGGGGGAGACUGUCCAGAUCCCAGUUUAUGACUUUGUUACUCAUUCCAGGAAAGACGAGUUUGUUACGGUGUAUCCGGCUGAUGUGGUCCUGUUUGAAGGCAUCCUCAUGUUCUACUCACAGGAAAUCAGAGACCUGUUCCAGAUGAAACUGUUUGUUGACACAGAUCCAGACACACGGCUCUCACGCCGAGUUUUAAGAGACAUCAGUGAGCGCGGUAGGGAGCUGGAGCAAGUGCUGGCUCAGUAUAUCACCUUUGUGAAACCAGCCUUUGAGGAGUUCUGUUUACCAACAAAGAAAUAUGCAGAUGUGAUUAUUCCUCGAGGAGCAGAUAACCUUGUGGCCAUCAACUUGAUAGUACAGCACAUCCAAGACAUUCUGAACGGUGGACUAAGCAAGCGCCACAGCGUCUGCAUGAACGGUCACGGCACUCCACGUCAGCGGCGGACCUCGGAGUCCAGCAGCCGGCCUCAUUGACCUCACCACACCUCUCUUCAUUGGGCGGAGAGGGGUGUAGUGGUUGUGCUGUAAAUAAUGCCUGUUGGCAUCCCUGUAUUUAAGAAAGAGAAGUGAUGCAAAAGAAAACAAAACAAAACAAAAAACAACAAAUGGAAAUGCCUUUUAUUAUUAUGACUUCUCUCGUUAUUAGUUACGUUAAUUGUAAUUGUUAAACAUGGGAUUUAGAUUUUUGUCAGGAGAGUAAAAGAGAGGCCCUUGUUAUUCUUGUGAUGAGACCAUGGGUUAAAAUUGACCACAUGCAUUUUCCUCCCAGAUUGCAUUUUGUUUUUUAUGUAUCCCCUGCUGCUCCAUGCGAAAUCAUGCCUCUAACAAAUAAAAGAGGGGAUUCCUUUUA